GGGGAGAUAAGGUGGCUGGGGAGCCAGAGGUGCUUUCCUGGAAUACAAUCUCUGUUUGACACUCUCUGCUUAAGCACUGCCCAUCUGUAUGUUAUUGUGCUGGAGCCUCUGGGGAAAAAGAGGAGCCACAGGCACGGAGAGUGAACGAGGGAGGCAGCAAAAGCGUUUUUCUUCCCUUCUUUUCCUUUUUUUUUUUCCUUUUUUCCCCCUUCUUUUCCUUUUUUUUUUCUUUUUUUUUCCCCCUCUUUUAAAUCGGGAUCUGGUUAGACUGCCUUGAAGUGCCACAUCUGGAAACUGAAUGCUGAAAGAAAGUUAAAAUAACUGAGGCAUCACUAAGCCAAGGGGGGCUGAUUGCAGAAGAGGGUAAACAAUUACUGAGACGCUAGAAGACCACUGCUGGAUGUAAGGGGAGGAAAUGGCUUUGAUCUCCGUCUGGCCCCUCGUUUCUCCUAUAUUAUUCUUUUUGAGAUGCUUGUCCUCCAGCACAGCCUCGAGUGAGGGAAGCAUUUUUCAGUUUGACAUUGAAGGUAGCUCAGCGGUCAGCACGCAAGAAGCCACUGUUAUCAGAGGGCAGCAGCAGGCAGUAGCUACUGGAAGUUGGGUGACUUUUGCUGAGGGAUGCCAAGAAGGAUUUUAUCGUACCAGCUCAGGAAAAUGCUCUCCUUGCAACUGUAAUGGUAAUGCAAACAGAUGCCUUGAUGGAUCUGGAAUCUGUGUGGACUGCCAGAGAAACACAACAGGACAGCACUGUGAGCAGUGUCCAGACGGCUUCAUUGGUGAUGUUGUCAGAGGAGUGCCCACAUUCUGCCAGCCCUGCCCCUGUCCUCUGCCAGCACAUUCUAAUUUUGCAGUCUCCUGUUACAGAAAAAGUGGAAGUGUGCGUUGUGUCUGUAAAGAAAACUAUGCAGGACCCAACUGUGAAAGGUGUGCCCCUGGCUACUAUGGAAACCCUUUGCUAAUUGGAAGCACUUGUAAAAAAUGUGACUGCAAUGGCAACUCAGAUCCAAACAUGAUUUUUGAAGACUGUGAUGAAGUGACCGGCCAGUGCCGCAACUGCCUGCACAACACCAGCGGGUUCAAGUGCGAACGAUGUGCUCCGGGUUACUAUGGGGAUGCCAGAUUUGCUAAAAACUGUACAGCAUGUAACUGUGGAGGGAGAAUGUGUGACAGUCAGACUGGAGAAUGCCUCGCAGACAGUCCUGAAGCUUCUACUGACACAGACUGCCCAACCAUCAGCUGCGAUAAAUGUAUUUGGGAUUUGACAGAUGACAUCCGAUUAUCAGUUCUGGCUAUUGAUGAAAGCAAAUCAACUUUACUGAGCAUUUCUACAGGUCUUGCAGCUCAAAAGCGCUUGAAUGACUUGAACCUCACUACCACCCAUCUCCAGGAGGCAAUGUCCAAAAAGAAGAGCCAUGUUGUGCUUUGGACUAUCCAGGUCGAAGAUGCUGCAGAUGAAAUGAAUGACCUCCUGAGAGAAGCAGCAACACUUGAUGAACAGGGAAGUGAAGCAUCCAGCAAAGGCUUAUUGGUACAGAAGGAAACCAUAGAGACCAACAACCGUGCUACUCAGCUUGUGCAGCAGCUCAAUAACAUGAGAGAUAACAUUGAAGAAAUCAGCAGCAAGUCAAAAUACCUCGUAAUUCAACAACAACAAGAGCUGAGCCCUGAAGAAGUUGCCCAGAAGCGAAGCGUGGCUGAGGAGAUGCUGAAGGAGAUCAAACGUCGUAAGCCUUUCACUAAUCAAAGGCAACUUGCGGAUGAAGAGGAAAAUGCAGCAGAGAAGUUGCUACAGCAAAUUGAAACGUUUCAUGAGAAGUACAAUGACACCAGAUCCCUAGUAUCUGAUGUGCUAGAGCAGCUCAGCGAACAGGAUGUGAAGCUGUCAGAUCUGGAGGAGGCAUUAGACCAGGCACUUGACUAUGUUUUACAAACGGAGGAUAUAAAUAAGGAAAACACAGCCAGUCUCCAAAGGCGUGAGAAACAACUUGAGAAAGUAAAAAAGCAAAUGGAUGAAGUGAACAGCAUUUUGCUCAGUGCCACAACUAUUUUGGAAGAACCACAAAAGGUCAACUCUGAUUUAAGUGAAGUAAUAAAGAAUGCAUCAGGGUUCUACGCAGAAAUAGAUGGAGCGAAAAAGGAAUUGCAAGAAAAAAUAGCCAAUCUGUCUCUGUUUGAUGAUGAUUUGGUAGAAAAGGCUAUGCAUCAUACACAAAACCUAAGAAGACUUGCUGAUGAGCUGGACGGGAAUUUGUAUGGCGUUGAUUCAAAUGGUUUGGUACAAAGGGCAAUCAAUGCUUCAAAUGUGUAUGAAAACAUUGCUGGUUAUAUUGAAGAAGCUAAUAAAGCUGCAUUGCUGGCACUGAACACAACAAAUCGGGUUAAAGAUGCUGCAGUUGGAAUUGAUACUCAGGUCAUUUACCAUAAAGGUAAAAGUGAAGAACUUCUCAUCCGAGCCAUGCAGCUACAACGGACAGCAUAUGACAGUAAUGAUUAUAAUGUUGCAGACACCAGCUGGCAGGUUAAUGGCACUUUUGCCAGAAUGAAUGUUCUGCGAAACCAACUGAUGAGAGCCGUUGCAAAAAUGCAAUCAGCAGACCCAGUGUCAGCCAGAGAGCGUUUGGAGCAAGCUAAACAGAAGACUGCAGAGGCUGUAAGUGCUACCAUGACAGUAACAGAGGCUACGACCCCCAUGGGUGAGAACGUGAGGUUAUGGUCUCAAAAUCUGCAAGAUUUCCAGCACAAUUCAGAGGCAUACGACAAUGCUGUGCAUUCAGCUGGGGAUGCAGUGAAGAAACUUACAGAAGUUUUUCCUGAACUCCUGGACAAACUGCGCAGAGUAGAACAGAAGGCACCAGCAAACAAUAUUUCUUCCAGCAUACAGCGGAUCAGAGAGUUAAUCGCACAAACCAGGAGUGUAGCAAGCAAGGUCCAAGUUUCCAUGAUGUUUGGAGGCCAAUCAUCUGUUGAAGUCAAUCCAAAGAUCAACGUGGAGGAACUGAAAUCUUUCACUUCCAUGAGCUUGUACAUAAAGCUUCAGAAAGACAAUCCACAACUGGCAGCAUCUCCAGAUAGAUUCAUUUUGUACCUUGGAAACAAAAAUGCAAAACAUUACAUUGGUCUUGCAAUUAAAAAUGACAACCUUGUGUACAUUUAUAAUCUGGGGGGCCAAGACGUGGAGAUACCUCUGGAUGCCAAGCCAGUCAGCACCUGGCCUUCUUACUUCAGCAUCAUCAAAAUUGAGAGGAUUGGAAGACAUGGCAAAAUGUUUUUAACUGUGCCCAGUCUUAGCAGCACAGAUGAAGAAAAAUUCAUCAAAAAGGGAGAGGUUCUUGGUCCUGGCUCUCUCCUUAAUUUGGAACCUGAAAAUGCUGUUUUCUAUGUCGGUGGAGUGCCUCCAGGCUUCAAGCUCCCUUCUAGCCUGAACCUACCUGGCUUCAUUGGCUGUCUGGAACUGGCUACCCUAAACAAUGAUGUGAUCAGCCUGUACAACUUCAAGCACGUCUAUAACAUCGACACCACCACAUCGCCACCAUGUGCCAGAGAUAAGUUGGCUUUCACUCAGAGCCGGGCUGUGAGCUAUUUCUUUGAUGGCUCUGGCUAUGCCUUGGCAAGAAACAUUGAGAGAAGGGGAAGAUUCAGCCAGGUAACUCGAUUUGACAUAGAAGUUCGAACACCUACGGACAACGGAUUGAUCCUGCUGAUGAUUAAUGGGAGCAUGUUCUUCAGCCUAGAGAUGCACAAUGGUUUCUUGUACCUUCUCUAUGACUUUGGCUUCAGCAAUGGUCCUGUGCUUCUCGAGGAUUCCAUGAAGAAGGCUCAGAUUAAUGAUGCUAAAUUUCAUGAGAUUUCUAUUAUCUAUCACAAUUCUAAGAAGAUGAUCUUGGUAGUAGACAGGAGACAUAUAAAAAGUGUGGACAAUGAAAGAACAGCAAUGCCAUUCACAGAUAUCUACAUUGGAGGAGCACCUGCUGAGAUCUUGCACUCCAG